AUUAGCGGUGGUUUGGGGAAAAGCAGGUCUACACGCUACCCUAAUCCAUUCAGUCACUAAGUUACUCAGAUGAGCAAAUUCGUUCAUUGAUUUCAGUGACAGUGCUUCUGGUUCAUGAAUAACUAUUAUGGUGUUAGAACGAAAGAGACGAAGUGCUCUAGGAAUUACCGUGUUGCUGAUGUUAUCAAUGAAGAUUCUUAUGUACACACCACAAGGUACCCAGCGACACCCUCGCCAUACUUCAGAAUAUACUCUCUUCUGGACACAGUCUUUACCCCUUGAAGGUGGGCGAUAUAAGGGGAGGCACUUACCUUUUUUGGUAUUCCCGGUUGAAAAAGAACGACUAAUAAACGCUUGCCUGCUGGAAGAAACUCUGUCACUGACAACAAAAAGGCAUCGCGUGGCACACCAGGCAUAUGCCGCUGAGACCUUUGGUACUGUUCCGCUGCAUUAUAUCCACAGAGCAUCACCGCCAUUACCUUUCAAAACAUUUAACUCCGUGGACGAAUGGACGUCGCGGGGAACCCACAUAAGUAGCAUAGGGCAAUAUUUCAAGUACCUGCAAACACCCCAGACUUCAUGUAAGAAGUUGGUACGGAUGGGUGGCACUCUCGAUUGCGAGACGAACGCCAUGGAUGGCCACAAGUACUUGUGCUUCGAUCCACCUCUGGGACUUGUUUCAUCCAAGGAUCCCCAGCGGUGCCUUACUCUCUCUUUUGGUGUCCAAUACGAUACGACUUUCGACGAUGCUGUAGCAGAUCUGCCUUGCGAGCUGCACAUGUUUGAUGUGCUGAAUUUCAAUCCUCCGCUGGUCAAAGAGAGAGAAAACAUGUAUUUUCAUAACAAGGGGCUGGCAGGAUCGGUUCGAACAAACUUCUUCAAUAAUAUCAACCUGAAGGUGAAGAUGGGGAGCCUCAGGAGCCACGUAGAGGAGCUUGGCCUUCGCGGGCGUCUAAUACACGUGCUCAAGGUAGACAUCGAGAAUGCUGAGUGGGACGCCUUCAAGAACAUCGCUAGUGACCCACUGUUUGACGCCGUUGGACAGGUAGCAAUGGAGGUGCAUCAGACAGAGCUGGUGACCGGCCCGAUGAAGCAUUCUCCUCCAGCAGUACCCCGAGACAGGUGGCUCGACGCCCUGCAGAGUCGUUAUGAUGUCCUCAGGAUGAUCGAGGCGCGCGGGUUCCGGCGAGUGCUGUACUGGGACAAUGUGCAAGACGACUUCCCCCUCGUGGACGACCAUGGUGUUCGCUACGAGACGUCCGGUGAGCUGCUCUACAUCAACACCAACUGGUUCAACGCAACUUUCAGGAAGGAGUUACAAAGACGGGGAUUCGGCCCCUGAGAAAAUGCAACAUUACAGAGGUCCUGAUUCACUAUAUAGCCCUCAGAAACACUUUGCUUUCUCACCACAAUAAUUUUCAGAGGCCCCAGAGAUGAUUGGCCGGGUUCUCAAGAUUUUUUCUCCUGUUAAUAAUGUAGAUGUCGUGUUAAUCUGUCACUAGAACCGUAAGAACACCCUCAAAAAUCCGUGUAACUUCAACUACAGCCUUUUGAAAUAAUGGAGGUGCGGCGCAGAAGUGUUUCAGAAUAGGUCCUAUAUACUGUGUGAAGGAGAAGGAUUGAGGCUCUAGGUGAAGCAGAAAAGGAUAUUACACAAAUACAUCAUCGUCAUAAUCAUCAUCGUCAUCAUCAGCCUAUGAUUUCACUGCAGGAUAAAGUCCCACCCACUCUUUCAUUUUCAGUUCCCUCUGUUUACGUAUCUGCGCAUCUAUUCCUUGCCGCCCGAGCAAAAGAGGACUAUUUCAUCUUAGACCCGUAUUAUGAAACGUUUUGCUCUUUCACCCUUAAAAACCCUUACAAUUUCAACUAAGGCCUUUUGAAUGUACUAGAGGUGAGGCGCAGAAGUGCUUCAGAAUUAGAAAGGUGUUCGGAGGCUACUACCAGUUCGAUCUGGUUCACCGCACCUUUCCAGGAAAACAAGUGCCAAGACACAUGAGUCUGGACAGCGCCGAUAUCUGAGAAAAUUUCCUUAGAUUUUGGGCGGUGCGAGAAGUGAUCUAGAUUGGGCAAAUCGUAAUAUAAGAGACUGAAUAAUUUUUCAUCUACUGUCAUUUCGAUGUUUUAUCUAUCUAUACCUGCUGUUUUCUUUCUACAGCAGGAAAAAUGUAUUUUAAUUCAUGGUGUUCUUUAAUCUCUCCAUGUUGCACCAAACAAUAUUUUGCCGAAUUCCUUUUGGGUCUGAAAGUUAUCGUUCCAGAACUUUCGUAAUAAAAUACGCAAAUAUAUAUUUUGGUCAUUUAUC